AUGAGAUUUCAAAUGCUGGUAGGAUUUCGAUUUCACCCGACUGUUGAAGAGAUUUUUAUGUUUCUUCGAAUGAAGGUGAAUGGAGAGACGUUGCCUCACGACGAGGUGGGUGAGUUUGAUAUCUAUGGGAACCGGGAGCCAUGGAUUAUAUUCGAUCCCACGGUGAAAAAACAAUUCUUCGUCUUUACGAAGUUGAAGAAGAAGAGCAAGUCAAGGAGGGAUAGAGUUGUUGGGUGUGGCACUUGGAAGAUCGAACACACUCAAGAAAUUCGUGAUCUUAAAAACAACAAACUCAUUGGAAUCAAGAAAUCUUGUCUUCAAAUAUACAAAGAACAAGGCCAAAGAAACAAAGACUUGGAUAAAAUGAAAUAUCCAAUCAGAAACUUUCAACACCAUGCCCAACCAUCCAAUAAUCAACAAGUUGCAGUCGUGGAGCCCAACGAAAUACACCAAAACAAUGGUGAGAUCAAGAGAAAUCUGAGCCCUGGAGAAGAAAAUAUUGUUGCCCAGCAGACGUACCCUAUUGCUGCUGUGCCUGUGUCAUCAUCUUCAGUAGAAUUUUACGCAACAACAUCUCCACCAUUACUUACGGUGUUUGAAGAUGAUGAGUUUCGUGCAAUUUAUGAUGAGAUUAGUGCAAUUUGUGAUGAUCAACAACCCCCCACGUAUACGUGCGAUGGUGCUAGCAGCUAG